AUGGAGUUCUUACUGCAGCCGCUAAACAGAACAUUCCUGGAAGAGGUGAAUGAUAACAACGGGGCAAUGGAGCCCGUGCGGUUCCCAGUAUCCGCGGUGGCUGAGGUUGAGGAUCCAGCACCGGCCGCUUCAAGUGCUGACGGGCAGAUCUGCGGGGCGGAGGCAGCAGGCGCGGACAUGGCUCAGUGCUCCGAGCACUCAAUGGAGCAAAUUGACCCAAAAACACCAGGGCGGACGCAAAGAGUGCAUGUAGGUGCUGCUGCUCUACGAAGGCCUCCGUGCCCGGACAGGGUCACGGCGCUGGAGAAGACUGACAGGGAAUUUGCCGAGCAUCCAGGAUUUGGAAUACGAUAUGGAAAGAGCAGGCUAAACGUUAGCAGGACUAAGUGUAUGCAAGAUAUAGUCUGUGGAUGCGCGGGGAAGCCAAUCGUUGAAAAUACUCGUUCAUGCCGGUGUGAAUGCCCAGCCCUCAUCAGACUACUGCGGACAAAGGACAAUGGAUGGUACGUAGCAGAGCACCGAGAUGGGCACAACCAUGCACUUUCCCAAACAUAUGGACAGACAAUACACUGGCCUACGGCAGUGAGCGCGGAAGCACGGAUCUGCGUGAUGGACACAGCAGCGGUGGUCAAUGAGGGACAGCUCGCGUCAGGCCUCGGAGCUCUGAACUGGAAAGAUGAAUCCACAUGCUUCUAUCUGGAAUUAGAGGAUAAAGCUGGUGUUGAGAACACGAGGUCUUGUCGUUGCGAAUGCCCGGCUCUAAUAAGACUGCUACGGGCAGAGGACAAUGGGUGGUACAUUGCAGAGCACAGAGAGAGUCACAACCAUUCCCUUUCACUGAAUUUGGAUCUGAAACUGCACUGCAUCAGUGGUGAUUGA